AUGUUUUCGUCAAAUAAACGAAAAUCAACUUCAUCCAAAUCUGCUAUAGCUCCUCAGGUGCAAAAUAACAUUCCUUCCGCAAGAACAACCAUCACCACUACUACUACUAAAGCUCCUUCCUUAAAUGCUCCUAAGCAAGAACCUAUAGCAGAUGAUUUAAAAUUACCUGAUUCUGAUGAUGACAGUGCAAAUGAUAAUAAUUUCGACCGUGAUCUGCUUAAACCUCCAAAUAAUAUCAAGGAAAGCCCUAGUUUAUCAACCUUAAAGUCAUCAUCUAAGAACUCUUUGGAUGAAAAGAUCAUUUUAUCAUCAACAUCAAAACCAUUAGCUACCAAACCUAUCAAAUCCUCAUCGUUACCAAUAAAGAUUAAUCAAUCAAAUCACAAUGAAUCUUCUUUAAAUCCAAAAAAUGAUCCAAUAAUCUCCUCCUCAACAAAUCCACCCAUAUCCUCACAUGUUGAAAGUAAAAUUCGACGUAGCAGAAGUUCAACCAUACAUAAUUCUAAAAUUUCUUCAGAAUUUAAUUCUAAAACCUCUUCGGAGUCUAAUUUCAAAAACCCUUCUAAUCCUAAAAUCUCUUCAGAGUCUAAAGGUAGGGGCUCAGUUAUUGGAGAAAGUCCUACUAAAAUACCUCAAAAGCAUAAACGCACGGGAUCAGCUCCUAUUUUAAAUGUUCCAUCUAUAUCAACGUCAAUGAUUAAUAAUUUAAAUAAAAUAACUUCGUCAAAGUCAAUGGUGGAUUUAAAUGUGUUUGAAGCAAAAAUUGAUAAAGAGACUCCGAAACAAUAUCUUGACAGAAUGAUGUAUAGUGUUUCAAGAUCAAAAUUGGUCACCAUAUUAACACAAAAAGCUGAUAAUUUUCAUCAAUCCGCACUAAAAGCUUACAUGGAAAUUUUUGAAUUUGAAAAAGUUCCUAUCGAUCUUGCGUUGAGAAAACUUUUAAUGGAAUGUAGUUUACCUAAAGAAACACAACAAAUUGAUCGAGUUAUGGAAGCAUUUGCUAAAAGUUAUCAUGAAUCAAAUCCUGAUCUAUUUCCUUCUGCGGAUACCCCUUAUAUGCUUGCAUUUUCUUUAUUAAUGCUUCACACAGAUGUUUACAAUAAAAGUGUAAAACAAAAAAUGACAAAGGAAGAAUUUGUCAAGAACACGCGCAUCGAUGGUGUUAAUUCAGAAAUAUUAGAGCAUCGUCAAAUGAGAUUAUUUUCUUCAAAAGAACGAAGAAAAUCUACACGUUUUAAAAAUGAUCCUUACUGGGUUAUACAAACUAAAUCACCUACGGAAUUUAAACCUAAAAUUAAAGAUAUCGUUCCCACGGAAAAUCCAUAUUCUUAUAUGGGAACCUUACCAGCUUUAGACAUCACAAAUCUUCAUCGUGUAUUUUCUACAUCAAAUACAAUUCGAAUUACUGGUGUUAAAAACAGACAUAAAAGUCAUACAUUUAAAGAUACGUCUGGUUCUUUUCAAUCAACAAAUGAUGAUGGUGCUUUCCUUCUAAAUAUAACCAAAUGUGGUAAACUUGGAAGAAAAAUUGAUUUAGUUGAUGGUAAAAGGAAAAGUAGUUUCAUAAGGCAUUGGAAAAUAUAUGGUAAAUCAACGUUACCAAUCUUAAAACCUGAUGUAAUACUCAUGACAUCAGAUUCGGUAGCAGUUUAUGAUAAAAAUUAUAAGAAACAUAAAAAUGUUUUUCGUUUAGUAUGUCCAAAAGGACAUCAAUAUUUAUUUAAAGCUGAAAAUGAGGAUGAAAUGAAUGAUUGGAUAUCAAAGAUUAAUUAUGCUGCCACGUUUAAAACUGCUGGUCUAAAAAUGAGAAAUAUUCGAAAUCCAAAUAUUGGUCACCUAAGACGUA